CUUUGGCCUUGCUUGUCAGUUUGGCUUUCUUCCUCAUUUUGUCUGAAAUGGCUCGCACGAAGCAGACGGCUCGCAAGUCGACGGGCGGCAAGGCCCCGCGCAAGCAGCUGGCCACCAAGGCGGCCCGCAAGAGCGCGCCGGCCACCGGCGGCGUCAAGAAGCCGCACCGCUACCGGCCCGGCACGGUGGCCCUGCGCGAGAUCCGCCGCUACCAGAAGUCCACCGAGCUGCUGAUCCGCAAGCUGCCGUUCCAGCGGCUGGUGCGCGAGAUCGCGCAGGACUUCAAGACCGACCUGCGCUUCCAGAGCUCGGCCGUGAUGGCGCUGCAGGAGGCGUGCGAGGCCUACCUGGUGGGGCUCUUCGAGGACACCAACCUGUGCGCCAUCCACGCCAAGCGCGUCACCAUCAUGCCCAAGGACAUCCAGCUGGCGCGCCGCAUCCGCGGGGAGCGGGCGCUCUCCUUGCGGCUGCGCUUGCGCUUCUUGCCGUCCUUCUUCUGCGCCUUGGUCACCGCCUUCUUCGAGCCCUUCUUCGGGGCCGGGGCGGACUUGGCUGGCUCAGGCAUGGCGCACAAACUCCUGGUAGCCAAUCAGAAGGCCCAUCAGGUUACUCAAUUCACGGCGCGGAAUUUGAAGAUUCGGACCAAUCAGGAGGACGUUGCCUUUAUAAAUAAGAGCCAGCGCAAAGGGACUUUCAGUUGGGCGUCUGGUGUGUAUUUUCCCGUUAUGGCUCGCACGAAGCAGACGGCGCGCAAGUCGACGGGCGGCAAGGCCCCGCGCAAGCAGCUGGCCACCAAGGCGGCCCGCAAGAGCGCGCCGGCCACCGGCGGCGUCAAGAAGCCGCACCGCUACCGGCCCGGCACGGUGGCCCUGCGCGAGAUCCGCCGCUACCAGAAGUCCACCGAGCUGCUGAUCCGCAAGCUGCCGUUCCAGCGGCUGGUGCGCGAGAUCGCGCAGGACUUCAAGACCGACCUGCGCUUCCAGAGCUCGGCCGUGAUGGCGCUGCAGGAGGCGUGCGAGGCCUACCUGGUGGGGCUCUUCGAGGACACCAACCUGUGCGCCAUCCACGCCAAGCGCGUCACCAUCAUGCCCAAGGACAUCCAGCUGGCGCGCCGCAUCCGCGGGGAGCGGGCCUAAAUUCUUAACGAAGGAUCGCCGACCUUAAACCCAAAGGCUCUUUUCAGA